AUGAAAGAGCUGGGAAUAAGACGCGGCCAUAAAGUGAUAUGUUUUGGACAGUUAUACGGAAUGUGUGAUCAAAUCAGCUUUUCUUUAGGACAAUCGGGUUAUUCUGUAUAUAAAUACGUUCCGUACGGACCCGUAGAAGAAGUGAUACCCUAUCUGUCGCGUCGGGCCAUUGAAAAUCACGGUAUCAUCAAAAACGCCAAAAAAGAGCGCAGACUUAUGUCUAAAGAGGUGCUCCGGCGGGUCAUGACUGGCGAUGUAUUUCACAAACCGGUCGGCAAUUAUACGCCUAUUUAAGGGCUCGAUAUAUACACUGUGUAUAGAUCUAAGUCUUUUUUAACAAACGAUUUAUCGUUUUUAGUCAUGUUUUUAGCCAAC